AUGGCUGCUGGCGUCUGUGUGAUGGUCUCUUCUCAUCAGUGGGAAUCAAUGACCUUCAUGGCCUACUUGGAAGAUAGAGUGAAGAAGAUCAAUGAACACAUUCGGUCUAAGACCAAGGUUCCUGUGCCGGACCAGGUUCUCCAGCUGGGCUCGAAGACCCUAAAGCCCCACAGAACCCUGUCAUCUUACGGCAUUGACAAGGAGACCACCAUCCACCUCACCCUGAAGGUGGUGAAGCCCAGUGAUGAGGAUCUGACCUUGGUUUUGGUGGAGUCAGGUGAUGAGGGGCAGAGACACCAGCUCCAGGUUCGAAGGUCCAGCCCAGUGACCCAGGUGAAGAUGAUCCAGAUGAAGACCGCUAUAAUCCCCAAGGAGCAGAUCGUGACUUGCAAUGGAAAGAAGCUGGAAGAUGGGAAGAUCAUGGCUGAUUAUGGCAUCAGAAAUGGCCAUUUACUCUUCCUGGCAUUCAGCUGCAUUGGGGGGUAA